UUUUUUUCCCCUCAAAUUUCAUUGAUUUCAUUGCGUUUUGAUUGAAAUCCUUCGAUUUCGUCUCGAAAUUUCAACGCAAAAUGCUCCAUAAUUCUCUGAUAAAUUCUUCAAAUUCGAGAAUUCCGAUCGGUUUUCGGAGCUCGAGAUGCCAAAAUCGAGGGUUUUCGUUGUUUGUUCGGAGUUCGGUGGCGACGGGGCCGCAGAAGGGGGGAUUGGGGCCGCACACGGGGCGUGAUCCGAAUGUGAAGAAGCCCGAGUGGCUGCGGCAGCGGGCGCCGGCCGGAGAGAGGUAUGAGAAGCUCAAGGAUUCGCUGAAGGAGCUCAAGCUCCACACCGUCUGCGAGGAAGCUCAGUGCCCUAAUAUCGGAGAGUGUUGGAAUGGAGGGGGAGAUGGCAUUGCAACUGCAACUAUCAUGCUUUUAGGUGAUACUUGCACUCGUGGGUGUAGAUUUUGUGCUGUGAAGACUAGCAUAAACCCAGCACCACCAGACCCUAUGGAGCCAGAGAACACUGCUAAAGCUAUUGCAAGUUGGGGUGUGGACUAUAUUGUACUGACAAGUGUAGAUCGUGAUGAUAUUCCUGAUGGCGGAAGUGGUCACUUUGCUCAGACAGUCAAAGCCGUGAAGAGACUGAAACCUGAAAUGCUGAUUGAGUGCCUAACUUCUGACUUCCGAGGUGAUCUUGUUGCUGUGUCAACUUUGGUAAAUUCUGGUCUUGAAGUUUUUGCUCACAACAUUGAAACAGUGAGGCGACUCCAACGAAUUGUUAGAGAUCCUCGAGCAGGUUAUGAACAGAGUUUAACAGUUCUGAAGCAUGCAAAGCUCUGCAAGGAAGGGAUGAUCACAAAAUCUUCCAUCAUGCUGGGUCUUGGGGAAUCAGAUGAAGAGGUGAAGGAAACCAUGGGAGACUUACGAGCCAUCGGUGUUGAUAUUCUGACCUUGGGACAGUAUUUGCAGCCAACUCCAUUACACCUGACAGUUAAAGAAUAUGUGCACCCUGAGAAGUUUGCUUUCUGGAAGGAGUAUGGAGAAUCUAUUGGAUUUCGUUAUGUUGCCAGUGGGUCAAUGGUCCGAUCUUCUUACAGGGCUGGUGAGCUGUUUGUUCAGAAUCUGGUAAAACAGAAUAAGCGUGAUGCAUCACAUGAAUCGUAGUUGGAUCAGAAUAGUGACAUAAUUUUGGCGAGUCAUUUAGCCGCGGAGUUGUUAACUUCAAAUACAAGAUUGCAGAGAGGUAAACACACUGUAGUUUCCCUGGGAUCUUAACCAUGACAGAAUUUGCCUCUCGGAAUGAAUGCACAUUCCUGAUUGAACAAGAUUUUCCGAUCGUAUGUUAAACUUACGUAAUCAAGUUAAAAAUCUUGAGUUGUACUCGUCCUUAUCAUUCGAUUCUAUAUAGCUCAUCUUUGUACCAGGAUGCAAAAUGAUAUGUUUUCAUUCUUUAAACUUAUAUAAAUCAUUUAUUUUUUUUCA